GGCCGCACUCGACUCGCGAGCCCGCGGCGGGCAGGCGGGCGGGCGGGCGGCAGCAGCAGCGAUGGCCGAGAAACAGCAGAAGCACGACGGGCGAGUGAAGAUCGGCCACUACGUGCUGGGCGACACGCUGGGCGUCGGCACCUUCGGCAAAGUCAAGAUUGGAGAACAUCAAUUGACAGGCCAUAAAGUCGCAGUGAAAAUCUUAAACAGACAGAAGAUUCGCAGCUUAGAUGUUGUUGGAAAAAUAAAACGAGAAAUUCAAAACCUAAAGCUCUUUCGUCAUCCCCAUAUUAUCAAAUUAUACCAGGUGAUCAGUACGCCUACAGAUUUUUUUAUGGUAAUGGAAUAUGUGUCUGGUGGUGAAUUAUUUGACUACAUCUGUAAACAUGGACGGGUUGAAGAGAUGGAAGCCAGACGACUUUUUCAGCAGAUUCUGUCUGCUGUAGAUUAUUGUCAUAGGCAUAUGGUUGUUCAUAGAGGAUCUUAAACCAGAGAAACGUAUUAUUGGAUGCACCACAUGAAUGCCAAGAUUGCUGAUUUUGGACUAUCUAAUAUGAUGUCAGAUGGUGAAUUUCUUCGAACUAGUUGUGGAUCGCCAAAUUAUGCAGCUCCUGAAGUAAUCUCAGGAAGACUCUAUGCAGCUGAAGUUGACAUCUGGAGCUGUGGUGUGAUAUUGUAUGCGAUCCUCUGUGGCACUCUCCCAUUUGAUGACGAACACGUGCCUACACUAUUUAAGAAGAUCAGAGGAGGUGUUUUUUUAUUCCAGAAUAUCCUCAAUCGCUCUGUUGCCACUCUUCUGAUGCAUAUGCUGCAGGUUGAUCCUCUGAAACGAGCAACUAUCAAAGAUAUAAGGGAGCAUGAAUGGUUUAAAGAAGAUUUGCCCAGUUACUUAUUUCCUGAAGACCCCUCCUAUGAUGCUAAUGUCAUUGAUGAUGAAGCUGUGAAAGAAGUGUGUGAAAAAUUUGAGUGCACAGAAUCAGAAGUUAUUAACAGCUUGUAUAGCGGUGACCCUCAAGACCAGCUUGCAGUGGCUUAUCAUCUUAUCAUUGACAAUCGAAGAAUAAUGAAGGCCAGUGAGUUCUACCUCGCCUCUAGCCCCCCAACAGGUUCUUUUAUGGAUGAUAGUUCAUGGCAUAUCCCCCAGGGACUGAAACCACAUCCCAGAAAGGAUGCACCUUCUUAUAGCAGACAGGCCCCCAAAGCAAGAUGUCCACGGAUGCCCUGAAUACCACGAGCCCAAGUCUUUAGCUGCUGAAAAAAAGCCAAGUGGCAUCUUGGAAUCCGGAGUCAAAGUAAACCCAUACGACAUCAUGGCUGAAGUUCUACACGUGCUAUGAAGCAGUUGGAUUUUGAAUGGAAGGUAGUGAAUGCCUACCAUCUUCGUGUAAAGAAAAAUCCAGUGACUGGCAAUUAUGUGAAAAUGAGCUUACAACUGUACUUGGUUGAUAAUAGAAGUUAUCUUCUGGACUUUAAAAGCAUUGAUGAUGAGGUGAUGGAGCAGAGGUCUGGUUCCUCAACACCUCAGCGUUCCUGUUCCACUGCCGGCUUACACAGACCAAGAUCAAGUUUUGAUUCUGCAGCUGCUGAGGGCCAUUCACUUUCGGGCUCUCUCACUGGUUCCUUGACCGGAAGCACGUUCUCUUCAGUUCCACCUCGCCUAGGCAGUCACACUAUGGAUUUUUUUGAAAUGUGUGCCAGUUUGAUCACAACUUUGGCCCGUUAAUGCUUUUUCCCUAGCUUCUGUCUUUCUGUUAGCACACUGUGAAAAUCAGAUAUAUUCUUUAACUUACUCUCUUCUUGAUAUCACAGACUCUGCUGAUACUCAGUGCCAUUGAAAUGACUGAAAACAAACAAACAAAAGUCUGAUGUUUUAUGUACCUGUAGAAAUUUGUAGUCCUAUUUUGACUAUGAUGAAUUCACAUAAGCGGUGUUUUUAAUAGGUGGAUACUGAUGAUUAUUAUUGUUAAUUUAAAAUUGUGAGUCCACUAUAGAUGAUUAAUACACCUUCAUUGGUGAAUCAUCUCAAUGGAAGGGUGCUUUGGCAAAACCUCCUUGCUUUAAGUAUUUAUUGUAUGUAAAUUCAGUUUACUCCCCAAAUUUCAGUAGGCUUUAAGCUCUGUUUAUGUGCCUAGCUCUCUUGCACAAGAUUGAA